AUGGUUGUCAAGGUGAUUUUGGUAUAUGUUCCUGUCUAUCUUGAGAAGACAUUUGGACAAAAUUCUAGUGGUUCUGUUUUCAACCAUAAAGCUGUGAAAAAGACGGCUGAAGAAGCACGAAAGGCAGCAGCUUUUGAAGCAGAAAAUCGGAGAGCUAAAGAGGCUGCAGAAAAAGAAGUCGCAGAGAAUGCAAAAAAGGCAAGUGAAGAGGCACAAAAGAGGGAAGCUGCUCAAACACUAAAAGAUGUAAACAGAAGUGAACCUGGCAGAUCUGGAUCAAAUAUUUCACCAUCAGCAGGUAGUUUAGUUAGGGCUGCCGAUAGUGCUCUACGAGUAGAGGUUGAAAGGCUUCAAAAGUUUAAGGAGGUUGAUGAAAAUAACCAGGCUUUCAGAUUGAGUCAUAAUCAGGAUUUUCGUAGUCAUGAAUUGCAAAUUGGUUGGCGGAUAAAGCAAAUAUCUGGGAAUAGAGACAGUGUCAGAGCAAAAGCGAGUGAACUGAUUAGACUUAUUAAUGAUCCUCUAUGUCCUCAAUUAAUUAGUGCUGUUAUGUUUGCAAAGAAGGUUGUGUCUCAAUGCUCAACCCAGAGUGCAAACUUUAACAGUACUGCAUUUGCCUGUGGGCAUGUCAUUUUUCUUGUUACUUCACAGGUUCCCCUUGUGAUGGAUCUUCUUCUUGCGGAGCUCCAUAAGGCUUGUAUAUACACUGUUCCAAAGCAUGUAGCUUACUCAGAGUCAACAAUAUCUAAAGAAGACUACUUUAAAGUGAUGGGUUUCCGAGAAGAAGAUGGGAAGGCUGAAAGCCGUGAAAGUUAUUUGGAAGGAGUGGCAUCUUAUAUGAAACUAUAUGGAGCACUAGUUCAGACGGAAGUUAGCGGUGUCCAAAACCUACAUGGUCUGAAGGAAAGUUGGGCAUGGAUUGCCAGGUUGUUGAAUUCACUCCCAGCCAACAUAUACACGGCAGUAGCUCUGAACAGUUUCCUGGAAAUGGCAGGUUUUGCACUCUUUAAGACAUACAAAACUCAGUUCCGGAAGAUACUUAAUAUCAUAUCUCGCCACUUCCUGGGUGCCCUGGAAUCAAAAAAAAAUCCAAAGCUGAAUCCAAUCAUCAUGAAACUUAAAACUUAUAUCUACACAAACCAAUUCCUCAAGGAACCAGAAGGGUGGCUUUUGAAAACUUCUUUAUUGUCUGAGAUGGCUAUGCCAGAGGCAAAUUACAGUCCUCAACAGAACUACCAUUCUCAGCAGAACUACCAUUCUCAACAGAAUUACUAUCCUCAACAGAAUAGACGAUAUCACAACUAUUGA